UGCACUUCAAAAAACCAAAAAAGAAUAUAAAAUAACGAUUAAAAGUAGCAUUAUAUGUUCACUACAUUUAUGUUACAGGCAAGAUAUUAAAAUGCAAUUCAAUUAGCUAAAUGUAAUUUAAAUACCAAAAUUAAGAUAGUUGAAUAAGGUUGGGGAUAGGUUGUCCGAGGGUUACCCAGCUAUGUGUUUCCCCUGCUAGUAACUGGAAAUGUUAAUUAUUAGAGGAUGAACAGAAGCUGUAUCAGUAACUUACGAUGUGUAUAUCUGCGCCUUGGAUCACUGUUACAGUAAUGCAGUCGCUUCGAUGAAAUAGAACACUGCUUAAAAAAUAUAUGUACUAACCUAACAAAGGAACAGUUAUAUUUUAAGGUUAAAUUCAAAAGUUUUCAAUAGUUUUCAAAUAAUUAAUAAAAAAUAUGACUAUAAAUGGGUUUCUAAUUGUAAUAUGCAUUUUUUUGAAAGGUAUUUUGCAAUGUGUAUUAUGCCAAGAAGAUGAUUAUUGCAAUAAAAAGGGUUUUUGUGAGGUUGACCUAGUAAGUUUUAGAUAUUUGUUUUAUGAUGUUAAUCCUCCAGAAGGUUUCAAUUUACGAAGAGAUGUGUACUUAAGAUUUGCAGUAUUUGCAAAUAAAAUGAAAAAUUCAAAGAAUGAAAAUCUUAGAAAUAUUAAACUAGUUCUACCUCCUUGGUCCAAUUUAUAUCACUGGAACACAGAUUUACCAGAUAAACAGUUUCCAUGGUCCUAUUUUUUUGAUUUAGAAAGUUUAAAAAAAUUUGCUCCUGUGAUAGAAAUGCAUGAAUUUUUUCAAGAUCUAGGACCAAGAUAUACUAAAGUAAAUAUAGAUGCAGUAUAUAUUUUACAACACUUUGAAGAUAUGUUUAAAACAAAUAAUUUCGAAGACAGAAUGCUAAUUGAACCAUGUCAGAAUGUGAUACAAACAAGCUUCUUUUAUUAUGAAAAUAUUACUUCAACAAAUAUAAAAUGUCUUUCUUUUCAUGGCAAAGUAUCAGAUUUGAGUAAAUUAUUAAGAGAUUCAACAUAUCGUACUAUUUUAUUUGAUCAUGCUGAAGUUGCUCUCCAUGACUGGUUUGGGGAUAGGCUUUAUUGGCAGGCCCGUAGGAGUAUGAGAUUUAACAGAGAACUUGUUGAAAUUGCCAAUAUAUUUCGGGAAAAUUUUUUAAAUUCCACUGAUAUGUUUGAUAACACUAUUAGACCCCUUGAUUGGAGAGAGGAAAGGGUUAAAAGAGAUGCUAAAGGAGGCCCCUACUUAUCUGUUCAUAUGCGUAGAAGAGACUUUGUUAGAGGAAGGUCAAGACAGGUACCAACACUGAAACAUGCUUCCAAACAAAUAAAUAAUUUGUUAGAAAAAUUAGAUUUGAAUACUGUUUUUAUUGCCACAGAUUCUCCCGAUAAAGAAUAUCAUAUGUUAAAGAAACUUAUAUCUGAGAAGUACAACGUAGUUCGUUAUAAUGCUGUCCCAGAAAUUGAAAAAAAAUACGGAUCUGGUGGCGUUGCUAUUAUUGACCAAAUAAUUUGCUCUCAUGCAAGAUAUUUCAUAGGAACAUAUGAAAGUACUUUUUCAUUUAGAAUACAAGAAGAGCGCGAAAUUAUUGGAUUCCCUGAAGUUACAACUUUUAAAAGGUUGUGUGGCGACGAUGAAGGAGAAAAUUGUGACAAUAUGUCGGUUUGGAAAAUAGUGAUAUAAUUAUCAAUCAAGAUCUGCAGGCGAGCCUUCUAAAACGUUAGCAAUUUUUGCAAAUGGUUCUUUAUGAAUCUCUACUGCAGUACACUGACGUCCUUCC